UUGUUAUUUAUGAAUAAAACAGCUACGUUAGUUCGUUUAACAUCAAUAUGCAAAAUAUUAAUUGGAAAAAAAAUUAUUUUUAUAUGUCUUAUAUAAAUAACAUUAAAAUGCGUAGAUGGCUGUUGAGUUGCGUUCAAAUUCGUUCAGAUGUAUGAGACCUUCAUGGCUACCGUAAGCAUCUUAUAGUAAUCUUAGGUUAUGUUCAGUGCGUCGAGAGAAAAAAGACAAAUCAACGUUUAUGUUGUCGUAUCGUUUGAUUUAAUUUUUUUAAAGAAAUAUACGGUAUUAUAACUCACUAAAAUGUCAGGAGGAAUGUUAUACGGAGGAGAUGAAAUUGGAGCCUUAGUAUUUGACUUAGGACAUCAUUCUUUGCGAGUUGGAUAUGCUCAGGAGGAUACGCCAAAGGCUGAAAUACCAGCAGUGGUAGGUAUAGGAGAAGAUGCAAAUAGUACAGCUACCAAAACCGAACCUAUGGACAUUGAUGAUAAAAAACCAGAUAGCAAUAUUACACAAUCAGGGACCAAAUAUUACAUCGACACAACGAUUCUUCAUGUCCCACGUAAAAAUAUGGAAGUUGUAAGCUAUAUGAAGGAUGGUAUGAUCGAAGAUUGGGAUCAUUUUGAAAAAGUAUUGGAUUAUACAUACUCUAAGGUUAUUCAAUCCGAUGCAGAAUAUCAUCCGGUAUUAUUUUCUGAAUCUCCAUGGAAUGUGCGUAGUAAAAGAGAAAAAUUAACUGAAUUAAUGUUCGAAAAAUAUAAUGUACCAGCAUAUUUUCUUGUAAAAAAUGCUGUACUAGCUGCAUUUGCAAAUGGCAGAGCAACUGGUAUCGUUGUUGAUAGUGGUGCAACUCAUACUUCUGCUGUACCUGUUCAAGAUGGUUUUGUAUUGACGCAAGCUAUUGUAAAAUCUCCUCUUGGCGGAGAUUAUAUAAGUAUGCAAUGUAGACAAUUUUUGCAGGACAAUGACAUUGAUUUGUCACCCUCUUACAUGGUGGGCAGUAAAGAAGUAGUAAAAGAUCAUGAUAAACCACGAUGGGUGAAAAAGAAGGGCUUACCUGAAGUUACUAAAUCCUGGCAUAAUUACAUGGUAAAGAAACUUAUUCAGGAUUUUCAAGCUACUGUAUUACAAGUUUCAGAAACACCGUACGAUGAAAAAAUAGUCUCUACAAUACCCUCUGUACAAUACGAAUUUCCCACUGGUUAUCAUCAGGAUUUUGGAAGUGAACGAUUCCGCAUACCAGAAGCAUUAUUUGAUCCUAGUAUGGUUCAAAUGCGUGGUGGAAUGGUUGGCAAUACUAUGUUAGGUGUAGGUCAUAUUGUUACAACUAGUGUUGGCAUGUGCGAUGUAGAUGUAAGACCAGCACUUUACGGUAGUGUAGUUGUUACUGGUGGUAAUUCAUUUAUACAGGGUUUCCCCGAGCGUCUUAAUAGAGAUUUAUCUAUGAGAAUACCAUCCAGUAUGAGAUUGAAAUUAAUAAGUGCAAAUGGUUGUGCAGAACGAAGAUUUGGAGCGUGGAUUGGAGGUUCAAUAUUAGCUUCGAUAGGUACGUUUCAACAAAUGUGGAUAUCCAGUCAAGAAUAUGAAGAAAGUGGUAAAAAUCAAGUGGAAAGAAAAUGUCCUUGAAUUUGUAUUACAUGUAAUUACUCAUUUUUUCAUAAAGUUGUAUUUGUACAGUA